UGGCUCGACUGCUCCGAUUAUCGACCACCAAGCAAGAUGGACGGAAAGACUCAGACUUGUAUUCAGAACUGUGUGAAUCGCAUGAUCGACGCCAGCAACUUCAUGGUCGAGCACUUGUCCAAAAUGAACGGAGGA